UCCAAUAAUGAGAUGCGCGAUAUGAUUUGUGUGUUUGCUCAGUCAAAUUAUAGUGGUCCAGCUGUGGCUCGAAGAUAUUCACAAUUAUACCCAAAUCGAAGGUAACCCAAUUACAAACUGUACCGAAAUCUUUACAAUCGCUUAGGUGAAACGGAAUUUUUACGCUCUAAAACUGAGCAAGGUGCUACAAAAAAAAUCAUUGCCAAUGAAGAAGAUGAAAUUUUAAUUUGUGUUACGGAGAAUCCAGAUAUCAGUACUCGCCGAUUAAGUCUGCAAACAGGUAUAAGCCAAUCAUCUAUUUUUAGAAUACUGAAGAGGGAAAAAUUGCAUCCAUAUCAUUACACUCCUGUUCAGAAUUUAUUACCUCAAGCGUCUACAAUUUGUCCAUUUUUUGCAAGAUAAACAAAAUGUUAACCCACAUAUUCUGGAUACAAUUCUUUUUACUGAUGAGGCAACAUUUACCAGACGAGGAAUAUUUAAUUAUAAGAAUAAUCAUUUGUGGAAGUCUGAAAAUCCACAUGCUAUGAGAGAAACACAUUUUCAGCACGAGUUUAAGGUUAACAUUUGGUGUGGUGUAAUAUGUGGGUAUUUAAUAGGUCCUUUUGAACUGCCAACCAAUUUAAAUGGACCUCUUUAUUUAGAUUUUCUUCAAGAACGUUUACACGAAUUACUAGAGGAUAUACCUCUCGCUUUAAGACAAAAUAUGCAGUUUUUACACGACGGAGCACCACCACAUUAUUCUUUACAAGUUCGUCAAUACUUAAAGGAACAGUUUCCGCAUUGGCCACCAAGAGGCCCUGAUUUAAAUCCUUUGGAUUUUUCAAUUUGGUCGCAAAUGAAGGCAUUAGUUUACAAAGAAAAAAUUACUUCUCUUCCACAACUGCGACGGAAAAUAGAAGAAGCCGCGGAUGUAAUUAAAAAUAAUACACAAGGAUUAUUUGAUAUUAAGAGAUCGGAUCAUAAAGUGUAUUGAAGUGAAUGGUGGGCAUUUUGAGCCUUUGCUUUGAAGUUUAUUAUUUUUGUUUACAAAUUUGUUAUUGUUACAUAUUUAAGGAAUAAAAUUUUUUUAUGAAAAACUUAGAAUUUAUUGAACUUUUUAGAAGCAAAUAACUCGAUAACCGAUUGAGUUACACGAAUCAAAGAAGAGUAACUCUUUUUGUAGAAUUUAACGCUUUUUAAUAUUUUUUUAAUUAUUUCAGUUGUAAGUUUAGCCCAAAAAAAGUUUACUUUGAUUUAAUUAACACAAACAAGUGUAACUAGCGCCCUCUAUUAGCAAUGUUAAAUUAGAGUGCAAAUUAUGAUUUCUCGUUCCAAAAAACGUAAAAUUGCUAAUUUUCAAAGAGAAAUUGUGAAAACAUAAGAAAUUAUUGUGAAAAUCAAAAUUUAAACUUUGAAAAUCCCGUAUCUCGGAAACUAGCAAUAUUUGCAUAAGGCAUGUUGAGCAGAAUCAUCAUAUUUUGAGGUCUAGAAUCUACAGUUCAGAGAUUGGACAUUUUUAAUUAAUCACCCUGUAUAAUAUUAUUGAUGUUCUAGUUUUCGAAUUUCUUCAUUAAUAUCAGCUAGGGACCAACAAUUUUACUAAACAUUAUUCUUCAUAACGCUACCGAAAUGUUGACAUAAAAAAGAUUGUGUAUUGAUUUACCAAAAAAAAAACAG